AUGCUUUGCCGUCUGGCCGCACCAGCGAUUUCUGACCCCCAAGGUACCGGUGUCCGCAUUGAGCUGCUAAAGAAGAUCCAGAUGAAAGGAGACGAUGCUUUGAAGACUGCCAUUGGGAAAUCGGCUUUCGAUCGUUAUGGACAACCGGCUAAGGAGUUACAGAUUACAACGGUCUUUCACUUGGCGCGCGGGAUGAACACCUUCUUACUGGCCGGUACUGGGUUUGGAAAAUCGAGGAUACCGGAAAUAUAUCACACGCUGUUACCCAAGACUUCAAAUGGGGUUAUACUGGUGUUGAACCCCCUGGACGCAUUAGGGGACAACCAAGUGCUUGAAAAGAAACGAUCGGGGUUCUCAGCAAUCAACCUGACAAAGCUGACUUUCAAUGUCCAGGAGGCAAACAACAUCGUGAAUGGGGCUUACGAUUUUGUCUACCUCAGCCCGGAAAUAUUUUUGAACUCUCGCCUGUGGGAUCAGGUGUACUUCUGUCCGAACUUCCAAAAUCGCCUCGCACUAGUCGUUAUCGAUGAGGCACAUAUCAUAUAUCAGUGGGGUCUAGUCGAGUCUUCGAGUGGGAAGGACAAAGCCGUUGCACUGGGCCGCAUUGAAGACAUCGCAAUCUUCAGGCCAUCCUAUGGGAAAAUGGGCGGUCGCCUGCUCACCCGGAAUAACAAGCCCAUCCUCUUGAUGUCGGCGACAUGCCGUCCAAUUGCGGUCAAAGCGAUCAAGAAGAGCUUGAAACUUGAAGAUCACAAUGUACGUGUGGUCACGGGCGAACUCACUCGACCGGAAAUCCGCAUCAUACGAGUUCCAAUCACAUCAUCCAUGGCUUCUGGAGUUGAGCUGGGACAUUGGUUUGCGCCACAAUCGGUGGUGCCCGAUGAGAAGGUCGUACCAACUUUGAUCUACAGUUCAACUAGGAACCGGACAUUACAGGUGAUGAAGGUUAUUGAUGAAGCUCGUGGGACACCGGGGAACUCGAUGAGGCCCAAUUCGUUACUAGUCCGUCGAUUCCACUCAUGCACAGGCGAGAAGGAUAAAUUGAAAGUAGUGGAGGAUUUUGCUGAGGAGAAAUUCCCAAUGAUUUCAUGUACAAUGGCUCUAGGUAUGGGUCAAAACUGGUCUCGGGUGCGUCGGGUAAUCCAGAUGGGGCGGGGGGAUCCUUCAGCAAUAUGUCAAAUGGUUGGACGUGCCGGCCGAGAUGGACGGCCGGGGUUAGCUAUAUUAUUUGUGGAGAAAACUCGGAAGGGGGGGAAGAACAAAGUGGACGCGUUCGACUGGUCAAAGAAGGUUGUUGAAAACGAUCGCAUGGAUGCCUUAGCUAUAACUCCGGUGUGUCUGAGAAUUGCUUUUGCAAUUGAUAAUGCGUGA